AUGCGUUCACUAUUUUUCGCCGGCGCGUUACUAGCGUUACUGGCAAUUUGCGUUUGCGCUCCAGAAGGGGAUGCGAUCCAGCGCAUCCCUCCAAAAGCCGUCGCAACACCGUUAGCUACAAAAAAGGAUGCUGCGGACUCUGGUGCUACGGCAAGCAAUGUUGGUUCUUCUAAGCCUCUGACAGUAGCUCGAGUUCGCAGAGAUAUCAGCGGUCAAGAAAGCGAUCUUCUACCUUCAGCUAACGAUGUUGAAGUGUCACCUUUUGGAGAAAAUUCAAACCUUCUUGGACGCGGUCGCAUUAAGAACAUUGUUGUGAUGGCUGGUAUAUCACCAUUUCAUGAUUUUACAAAUAAGGUGAAUUCUAUCAAUGACAGAUUUGUUUUAAAUUCUCCGCACAAAGUUCUUAAACACUUGGAUAAUUCAAUUCUAAAAGCGACUAAAAAUCUUACUCAAAAUCCUGAAAUGGAAGAAAAUCUCUACCAAAUUUCCAAAGAUUUAGUUUCUUCUAUUUUGACAAAACUGGAAAUUCAAGAUAAAAUAACUAGAAUUACCCGAGAAGCUCUUGAUGCUCCCGGGAAAAGUAAGGGAUUGACAGCUAUAGAGACAAGACGUAUAUUGGAUUACAUAUCACGAACCUUAUCGGGCCAUAUUCUUACAAUAACAAGAGCGUCUACGGAACCUGAACUACACCGUCUUGUAUUUGGUCUAGCACAAAUAGCGGCUGAAAUAUCAAUUAUCUCAGCAUUAAAAGAUAUAACAUAUGCUACUUCAUUAUCUAGAAAACAAUCAGUAGAUUUGUCUCUUCGUAGAAAGAGAUCUAUUUCCUCUUUUGGUGAAAAACUUCAUACAACACCAGCUCCAACCCAUAAUUUAUUAUCUACGGUAUAUAUUGCAAUAUUAAAUAAGUCAAUUAGUUCUAUUGGAUCACAAAAUAUUAUUUCCACUAUUAAUAGUAAAAAUGUAGCAGCAGAACAAAUAAGCCCAUAUUCGGUAAUUUCAAAAAGUGAUAGAAAUAUUCUUCAUAUAUUGUCUAAUAAGAAAAAAACAUCGGCCUUAGUUCCAAAAGGUUUUUUAAAUCAAACAGCUCUUGAUAUUGAAAAUGACAGUACUAAUGUUACUAAAAAUGACGCAAUUAUUUUAGAAAAUAAUUUAAAUGGAACUCAUUUAGUAACAGUAGAUAGUCACACUUUGGAUACUCAAGAAUCCAACGUACCCAGUCUUGUAGACGACUGGAUAGACUCAAAAAAUAUAUAUGCUUUAAAUCCCGAUGUAAUUGCUGAAAUGGAAAUAGAUCAAACAGAAAUAGAUGACGAAAACUUAAAUGAAAAAAAAGUAAAACAAAAACAAGAACGCCUAGAAUUAAAAGCUAAAAAAGCAAUUCUUUAUGCUGGAGAUGUUGCUUAUUUGACAGCUGCUAGUGUAGUGGCCAUGAGACGUGCACUUACCGCCUCUAUAGAAGUUCGUAUGUCUGUAAAUUAUGCCAAGAAUGGUAUGGCAAACCAUCAAGACUUAAUGAUGAAUUUAGCUAAAACAGCAGCACAACAAGCUGGAAAAGAGGCUAAAAGUGCCACUUCUAAAUCACUUGCCUGUGAACGCGUUAUUAAAGUAGCUUUAAAAUACACUGCUCAAUCAAAGGGAGCAAAGCUUAAUCAUGUAGCGAGUAGAAUCGUUAUGGAUACAUUAUCUCUGUCAACGCUUGCCAAAUCGAUGGCGUUUGUUUCAUCUGAUAUUGCUAUUAAUUCUUUAUAUCAAGCUACUGAUGUUAAAGCACCUGCAUAACUAUUCGUGGAAAAUUUGUAUUAAUAUAUAAUAUGUAAUAUUUUUUUAUUAAUAUUAUUAAGUA